UAAAAAAAAAUCAAAUAAACAAAAACAAGAAAUAGUUAGUUAUUUUUGUUGUAGUGAAUUUCGAUAACAAAAACAAUAUGUACGUAACGAUAUGCAUGGUGCAUGAUGUCGAUGGAAGGGAGGGAGGAAAAUGCAGAAAGCGAACCGAACGAGUCGGACGAGUCAACUCACCCCGAGGAGAAAGAAAAAGAAGAAGAACUCGACGCGGUUGUUGUGGUGGAUGAGAUCCAACGAGUCAUGGAAUCGGUUGUUCAAUUCGGAGAGUACAGAAGGACACGGAGGAAGGAAUCACAUAACCUCGCUCGUCGUUUCAAACACAUGUUGCCUCUUAUGGAAGAACUUCGUGACCUUCAACAACCUGUUCCUCAAGACGGCGUCGUUUGGUUGAUCAAACUUAGGGAUUCGCUUUCCUUCGCUAAGGACUUGUUGAAAUUGUGUAGCCAAGGAAGCAAGAUUCACCUUGCAUUGGAGGGCGAGGCGGUUAUGAUAAAAUUUCAGAAGGUUUAUAAAAAAUUAAGCCAAGCUUUUGAUUGUGUGCCUUGCGAUGCCUUAGGGAUCUCUGAUGAAGUAAAGGAACAGCUUGAGCUAAUGCACGUGCAACUCAGGAGGGCAAGGAGAAGGACAGAUACACAAGACAUAGAGCUAGCAAUGGAUAUGAUGGUGGUGUUCUCUGAUGAAGAUGAUCGUAAUGUUGAUAGUGCUAUUGUUGAAAGGCUUGCAAAAAAGUUGGAGCUUCACAGUGUUGAGGAUCUUGAGGUAGAAACAGUAGCUGUUGGGAACCUUGUUAGAGAAAGAAAAGGACAACAAGCUGAGAGUACACAGAGAAUAAUUGAUCUUCUUAACAAAUUCAAAAGGAUUGCAGGUAUGGAAGAAAGCAACUGUGUCCUUGAUGAUGAUGAUCCUGCAGGGCCUAAGAUGCUUGGAAGGAGCACUUCUUUGGUUAUCCCUCAUGAGUUUCUAUGCCCAAUAACACUUGAAAUCAUGAGAGAUCCUGUUAUUAUUGCAAGUGGACAGACAUAUGAAAGGGAAAGCAUAGAGAAGUGGUUCAAAUCCAAUCACAAAAUCUGCCCAAAGACUAGACAACCUCUAGAACAUCUUCAAUUAGCACAAAAUUGUGCCUUAAAAAACUUAAUUAGUGAAUGGUGUGAGAACAACAACUUCAGACUUCCAAAAACCUACACUUCAUGUCAAGAAACCUGUUCCAUUGACAACAAAGAAGAAAUCCCAUCUUUAGUUGAAAGCCUAUGGUCUAUCAAUUUAGAAGAGCAGAGAAAGGCGGUCGAAAGAAUCCGCAUGUUAUCAAAAGAAAAUCCAGACAACAGGAUUCUAAUUGCUGAGCAUGGAGGAAUACAACCUUUAGUUCAAAUCCUAUCCUAUCCUGAUUCAAAAAUACAAGAACAUGCUGUGACAGCACUUUUGAAUUUAUCAAUUGAUGAAGGUAACAAAAAACUUAUAUCAAAAGAAGGUGCUAUUCCAGCUAUUAUAGAAGUGUUGGAGAAUGGAAGUAUUGUAGCUAAAGAAAACUCAGCAGCAGCUUUAUUUAGCUUAUCAAUGAUAGAUGAGAACAAAGAGAUUGUAGGAAUGUCAAAUGGGAUUCCACCUUUGGUUGAUUUAUUACAAAAUGGAACAGUUAGAGGGAAAAAAGAUGCUGCAACAGCACUUUUUAGUUUAUCAUUAAACAAUGCAAAUAAAGAUAGGGCUAUAAGAGCUGGAAUUGUGACACCUUUACUUGAAUUAUUAAAAGACAUGAACUUGGGAAUGAUUGAUGAAGCACUUUCUAUUUUGUUACUACUUGUGUUGAAUCCAGAAGGAAGACAAGAGAUUGGAAAUCUAUCAUUUAUUGAAACUCUUGUUGACUUUAUUAGAGAAGGGGCACCUAAGAACAAGGAAUGUGCAGCUUCUGUUCUUCUUGAGUUGUGUUUAAGCAAUUCAUCUUUUACAUUGGCAGCACUUCAGUUUGGAGUUUAUGAACAUUUAAUUGAGAUUAAACAAAGUGGAACAAAUAGAGCACAGAGGAAAGCAAAUGCUAUUUUAGAGCUCAUAAGCAAGAGUGAGCAAAUUUAAUUAAUCAUGUUUUUAUUUUAUUUUAUAAUAUAUAGGUAUAGUUCUGUUUUUUCUUCAUAGAAAAUUAAUUAAAUUAAUUCUUUCACAUGUUGUGAUGUACAAAGUACUACAGUUAAAAGUGUAAUUAAAUUUGUUAUUUGAUAUC